CUCUGCUAGCAAUUGCCAAAUAAGCAAAUGGGCUGAUAAAUCUCAAUCAAAGCGAGGACAUAAAAAGCGAAGUCAUUUCCAGUCAACGCCGCAUUCGACGGAUUCCAUCCAUAAACGCGCAUCUGUCAACAAUGGAGAAUCGAUUAUUAGUUUUAUGGCUGGUUUUGGGCAUCACCACAGCAUCGGGUAAGGCCGAACUUAUAGAUGUAUCCGCUAUCUGCAGGAUAUCCGAUCCCUGGCAAAUGCUGCCCCACAAAGACCACUGCCAAAGGUUCUAUGUCUGCACUGGCGACGAUGACCUGCCCAUGCAGGAGUUUAGCUGUCCGGCGGAGUAUCAUUUUAGCAAGAAGCUUAUGAUUUGUGUGCCCGGAGCCUGCACCGAUGAAUCCGUAUUUUGUGGAUAUGCGAAUAGUGUGGAGCGAAUCCAAAGCGAUUGCUCGCAGUACCGACAAUGUCUGGGGGAAGGAUCCUUCGCCGUGGCCAAGUGCUCCGUAGGAAACUACUUUGAUCCAUCCCGAAGAGCAUGCCUCCCAGUGACCAUAAGUGCAGCACAUCAGUGCAGCUGUGUGCUGCCGGAUAAUGCCACCCUAGCAAAUCCAAACGAUUGUGAAACAUAUUUCCGCUGUAGCUCCGGACACGCCGAGCUGGUCCAGUGUCCAUCAGGAGACUACUUCGACGAGCGAGUGAGCAGCUGUGUGCCGGAUCACACGGGAAUUUGCCUGGAAAAGCCGACAAUGCCGCCGACACUCACAGACCAAGCACUUGCUCUGGACGAGUGCAUCCGGACGGGGAGCCGCCUGGCACCGCACAGCCGAGAUUGCCAACGUUAUUACGUAUGCGCCAAAGGGCGGGUGCUGGAAAUGCGCUGUCCCGGGGGUCAGUAUUUCGAUGUUGUACAGCGCUACUGCACUCUUGAUCUGGGAAGUGAAUGCCAGGCAGUGCAGGCGGAGAAACAAGACCUGCAGCCGAAGGAUAUUAUUCAGGUGGACCUCCCAGCGAAAAAUAAGGUAAAGAUUCAGGGACACAAGCCGGUUCAGAAGGUUUCCGAAAAGGAAGUGGUGCGCGACCAGGAAUUACCAGCGACGCAGACUAAUGACAAACGUCCACAGCCCUCACCCGAGGCAGUCAGCAGCUACGAUAAGUUCUCGUCGAAGUUCAUUUCUAUAUAACCGGGUAAUUCUAAGCUACCAUUCAUUAAAUAAAGCAAUAUCUGACAUUAACAAUUAAUAAAGGAAACUUAAUCAUUUUA